GGUACACACACUGACACAAAAUGAUGUCAGCCUAGCACCGAGGCAGGCAGUCAGGCAGCAGCAGCGAAUUUUUCUGCACGACGAUAAACUCGCGGCUCGCCAUCAAUUCCGUGUGUGUGUGCGUGCGUGCGUGCAGCGAAUAUCGCGGAGUGUCCAGAGAGACAGAUUCUUUGAAUUUCGGCCCUCGUCGUAUCCCAUAUAUAGGGCCCCGAGUAUGCGGUAAAAAAUAACUCAACCAAGCGACAAAUUGCAACAACGCCAAGAUGAUUGGUGGCCUGUUUGUUUACAAUCACAAGGGAGAGGUUUUAAUCUCUCGGGUGUACAGGGAUGACAUUGGUCGAAAUGCUGUGGAUGCGUUCAGAGUGAAUGUCAUUCAUGCCAGGCAGCAAGUCAGAUCUCCUGUGACGAAUAUUGCCAGAACAUCGUUCUUUCAUAUCAAGAGAGCCAAUAUCUGGUUGGCAGCUGUUACGAAGCAAAAUGUCAAUGCCGCUAUGGUGUUUGAGUUUUUGCUGAAGAUCAUUGAUGUCAUGCAAUCUUACUUUGGCAAAAUCUCUGAAGAAAACAUUAAGAAUAACUUUGUUUUAAUUUAUGAGCUUCUUGAUGAAAUUCUUGAUUUUGGAUAUCCCCAAAAUUGUGACACAGGGGUUCUGAAGACCUUCAUUACUCAACAGGGAGUGAAAUCAGCAACAAAAGAAGAACAAGCACAAAUAACAUCUCAAGUUACUGGACAAAUCGGCUGGAGAAGAGAAGGCAUCAAAUAUCGACGCAAUGAAUUGUUUUUGGAUGUAUUAGAAUAUGUAAAUUUGUUGAUGAGUCCGCAAGGACAAGUUCUCAGUGCUCAUGUUGCUGGAAAGGUUGUAAUGAAAUCAUAUUUAUCAGGAAUGCCAGAGUGUAAAUUUGGUAUCAAUGAUAAGAUUGUUAUGGAAGCCAAAGGCAUGAAAGGAAGUGGAGGAUUAGGAAAUGUUGGCGGUGAUGAUCCAACUGGUGCUCGAUCUGGAAAACCUGUUGUAGUUAUUGAUGAUUGUCAGUUUCAUCAAUGUGUCAAACUUUCCAAAUUUGAAACAGAACAUUCCAUUAGUUUUAUACCACCAGAUGGAGAAUUUGAACUGAUGAGGUAUCGCACAACAAAAGAUAUUUCAUUGCCGUUCCGAGUUAUCCCCCUCGUUCGUGAAGUUGGUCGUACCAAAAUGGAAGUAAAAGCGGUUUUAAAAUCGAAUUUCAAGCCAUCCUUGUUAGGACAAAAAAUUGAAGUACGUGUUCCUACUCCGUUGAAUACAGCCGGAGUACAACUCAUUUGCCUAAAGGGAAAAGCUAAAUACAAGGCUUCUGAAAAUGCCAUUGUAUGGAAAAUCAAAAGGAUGGCAGGUAUGAAGGAGACUCAAUUAUCAGCAGAAAUCGAUCUGUUGGAAACUGAUACUAAGAAAAAGUGGACGCGUCCUCCAAUAUCCAUGAAUUUCGAAGUACCUUUUGCCCCUUCUGGAUUUAAAGUACGAUACUUGAAAGUCUUUGAAUCAAAGUUGAAUUACUCAGACCAUGAUGUCAUUAAAUGGGUUAGAUACAUUGGUAGAAGUGGUCUCUAUGAGACAAGAUGCUAAAGAUAUAAUGAAGCUGCAUGAUUUAUUAUAUAUAAUCGUGUUUGCCUGCAACAAUUGAAUCCCACAAUGUUAUUGUAUUUAAUCUAAUGAAGAAAACAUGAUCAUUAGCUUCAUAAGUAUUUAUUACUUUAUUGUCUUCAUAAGUUCAAAAAGGAUCUGCUUAGUUAAUAUAGCUGGAAUUUUUUUUUAAAUUGACUGGAGAUUAUAAUUUUAAAAACAAAGUAAAAAAAAA